AUGGAUUUUUUAAAAAGUUUUAAAACUGGUGAAAAAAAUUUAAAAAAAAGUAAUUUGCAUGAUGAAAGAAUUUCCAAACAAAAGAAGACUUAUACUAGGUGGGUGAAUAAUGUACUACAGGAUUGUAAAAGUAACCACCGCGUCAGAGAACUUUACGAUGACCUUAGGAAUGGAAUCAUACUCUCAGAUAUUGUCUAUGCAUUUACUGGUGUUAAAUUAAAAACUAGUAUACCACUAUCGGUGGAUGACAAAGCUGUGAUGUCAAGCAAUUUAUCAUUGGUGUUGGAAGCUAUGAGGAACGAUGGAGUAGACUUGGUAAAUAACAAUAUUGGUGAUAUAAUUGAUGGUAAACCUAAAAUUAUAUUAGGAUUAAUUUGGCAAAUGAUACUCCAUUAUGAUAUCAGGAGAAGUAUUCAGUAUCAUCAAGAAUUAUCUUAUUCUGAUCCAGACCAGUCAUUUUCUUCAUUUGAAAAUGGUUCUGUUAAAUCUUAUAAAUCUAGUCCAACAAGUAAAAUCAAAAAUGUAGUAAUGUCUCCGAUAAAUAGUUUGAAAAAAAGAAAAGAGAAAAAGAAGAAGACCAUUGAAAGAGGACAAUGUAAUAAGAUAAUUUUGACAUGGUUGGAAAAAGAAAUUUGUAUUCCAUAUGGAAUCAAGAUAACAAAUUUUUCAAGUGAUUGGAAAGACGGUGUUGCUUUUAUGGCUUUAAUUCAUAGAUUCUGUCCAUCAUUAGUUGAUAUGGAUACUGUUAAAGUGUCACCACCUCAUGUUAAUAUUUCAGAAGCUUUUAGAUAUGCGUCAGAGUGUCUUAAUAUAAAAAAUAUCUUAGAAGUAGAAGAUGUUUUGUGUGAUUUACCUGAAGAUAGUGCUAUAACAUUGUAUGUCUCUCAAUUUAUGGGAAUUGAUGCGUUACGAGUCAAAGAAGAAAAUAAAAGCAAUGUAAAAAUUAAUGAGGAGUUACAAAGUUCAGAUGAGAUUUCGUUAUCAGAUGAUUCUGGUAAUGUUCAUGAAAACAAUACAAUUGUUGUUGAAAAGGUUGUUAUUAGAGAAGAAGAUAUUGAGGAAGAAAUUACCAAAAGACAGUUUCUUCUAGCUAGUGGUCCAUUAUCUACAGUAAGUGAAGAAAGUUGUGAGGAUGUGUCAAUGGACAGUUAUUAUCCAAGAAAUACUUGCAAACCUACAAAGGAUGUUGUCUAUGAAGAUGCCGACGUGUAUCCAGUAGAGUAUAUCAGAGGACAAAAUGAUAGUUCUAUGUUAUCUUCAACAACAAAUGAUAGUGUCUUUGAAAGAAGUUCUUUUUCAAAAGAUAUUCAAUCUAAUAAGGGCAAUCAUUUGUUUAGUGAAAAUAAUAAUUUGCCAUCGUCAUGUGACUAUACUGAAUCCUAUGAUCGUGGCUUAGCAAAUAUUUUUUCAUCAAUAUUUGGUGAUGGAACUUCACAAGAUGAUAGAAGCAUUAACAAUUUGGGAGACGUGGAAAGCGCUACGUGCUAUGUUCAACAAUUAACUUCUUCUGUAGGAUUAGGUAUGGAAAUCUGUGAAAACAAUAGUACAUCUUUUAAUUGUCAGUCAAGCGAUGACUACGAAAGUGAUGAUGAUGUUAUCGAGUGUUGUCUAGAUGAAAUGUCUCCAGUUAAAAAUAGGAGUUUUUUUGAUGAUUCUCAGGGGAGUAAUUCAACAUCAGAAACAGUAAUUGAAUCAACUACUUCUGUUAAUUUAGACGUUGUUGAAACAGUAGAACAUCUUGUAGAUGUUGUUUCCUUAUUAUUGGAUAAUGAGUUGUCAUUUAAACCUAUGGAUGAGAUGAUGGUUUCAACUGAACAUUCUGAUACGGAUACUACAGAAAUUGAAAAUGAAGAACUCAUAGAAGAGGACCUCGGAUGUUGUGGUGAUAUUAAUGUGAUUAGUAAAUUAGAUAGUGUAAAGGAAACUAAAGAAAGAUUAAACAGUAGAUGUGAAGAAGGCGAAGGAGACAAUGCAUGUGAAGAUAAUUUGAGCGGAACUCAUUCUCCUUCAGAAGACACUAAUAAUAACUUCCGUUUAAUGUCAUGGUUAAUAUCACCUAUUGAGAAAGUUUAUGAGAUAAUGAACGACAGUACGCCAUUAGAAGGUCUAGAUAGUUCAUAUCCAAUUCUCAAAGCAAGAAGUUUGCAAGAUUGCGACGCUGAACAAAAUGUGGAUGUUAGCUCCGAGGAACUAACUGGAAAUGCUACACUUGAUUUAAAUACUUCAUAUUCAGUAGUAAAUCAGUCUUUAACUGCUCCUGAUAAUACAGAUGAUCUGGAAAAUGUAGGAGAUAGAAAUGAUUUGACAGUUGGAUCUCUUCUGGAUAAAGUUGAUCAUGUAAAGAAAUUGGUUGAAGAUAUAGCGUCUAUUGUGCCACCAAUCUCAGGAACUUCUGCUGUGAACAAUGAUUUAAGUAAUAGCAUAAACGGAGAAUUAGUUUCAUUAGAUUUUCCUGAAAAGACGAUUGAAGAACAAAUUAAAGAUUUGGCUGAGACAGCUAAAACGCUUUCUGAUGCUUACAUUGAAAGAUUACAAGAAAUAGAUGAAAGUUCUGAAUCAAGAACUAACAAUAGUGAAGUUUCAUCCAAUGGAGUAGAAAGUUUUACUGACACAGAAACUCCGGACGAUGAAUAUGAGGAUUUACCACCACUUACAUUUGAACAUACAAUUAAAAUUCGUUCAGAAUUUAAUGGAAAUGAUAUGGGUAGUAAUAGUAAAACUGACAGUUUAUCAAACAAGAAUACAACUUUGAGAAGGAGAUAUACUACAUUAAAUGAAGUGGAUUUAAUUAAAGAUUCAGAUGAAAAGUCGGAAGGGAAUAUAAAGAAUGAUGAUAAUAAAGCGUCCAUAUCACAAGCCGGAGAGGUUCGAGGAACUAGAUAUUCAUAUGGCUUUUCAUUGCUUUUACUUUUUGUUUUGAUACUGAGUCUUUUAGCUUAUCUCAUCUACGAUUGUUCAACAUGUUCCAGCAAUUGUCAUUCAACCUCCUCAUCUUUAUGUUGCAUUUCAUUUCAAAUGAAACUUCAUAAAUUAAGAGGCCAAGUACCAUUUUAA